AUGAAUACGCUUGUCUCACCUCCGCGGAACGGCAGCCGCAUGCCCCAGCCUGUUCAGGCCCACGAUGGGCGCGGCGCUCUGCCCCGCCGCUUCACCACCGAUUCGGGGCGUGUACCAACAUUGUCGUCUAUUACCAAUCAGCGCGGCCCUGAGAUGGGCAAUGAUUACAAUACUUUGCACAAGGUUCAAUUGAUUGAGAAGAAGAAGCUCGAAUACGAAAGACUCCGAGAGCAGAGACGCCGAUUCGAACUCGAGAUGCAGAAGCUGGAGCAGGCGCAGCGGCGCGAGGAGAUGGAGCUUGCCAAGAUGCAGGAUGACCUGCGCCAGGGUCACCAGUCGGAACCGACGACGCCUCCCGAAUACCACGAGUCGUCUGGCUUCCCCACGAUGUUCUCACGCCCGAACCGUUACUCGACGUCCAGCCUGACCUCUCCCCCGGGCCUGUUCAACCGUCCCGGCCGCUCGGGAUCGCAGCUCACCUCUCCUCAAGCGACUCUGAUGCAGCAGUCUCGCUUCAGCUUUGAUGAGCAUCUCCCGUCCCGGUCCGUUCCCGGCUCUCGAAGAAACAGCGACGAAGACGAGAAGGAGGAAGCUGUGCGUCAGGACCCGACCAGCCAUCGGUCCUCUAAUGCCUACAACCGCUACUCCAUGCCUGUCACCAGAUCUCGCACUGGCUUGUACGGCUCUGACCUCGACCAAACCGGCACUGCUCGAUUCCUCUUCGGCGAGGAGGACGCUUCUGGCGAGCACAAGUACGGACACGGCACUGACGACAACUUCCCUACGCUGGUGCGCCGUGACGACCAAAUGAGCUUGUCUGCUAUCAACACGUCUUCGCUCAACGGAGCCACUUCGUCUGGCGAAAUCACCAACAGAGCCAACGCCCGUCACUCGCUCGAUCUCAAGUUCUACCCGGACGCUCCUACCGACAACCAGAACUCUGUUGUCUCGCCGACCAACCACAUGAUGGCCACCCCUCCCAAGUUGCAGAGCUCCUUCUCUGCCAACGACAUCCCUACCGUCAAGAGCACCAACAACGCUUCUGUGACCAACAACCACGCCCAGCAGCACUUUCAUAACCACAACGCCAGCAUUGGUCGCAUUCCUGCUGGUGCUGUUCCGGGUCGUCACAGUCGCGAGCUGUCCAGCGACAACAACAUGGGCGGUCCCCGUGAGCAGCCCGGUCACUUCCCCUCCAUUCAGUCUGCUCUUCAGGCCAAUGCCGCUCCUUUCGGCCCUGGUGCUCCGGGUCCAGGCUUCCCCCACACCUCUCAGGGCAACCAGGCUCCCAACGUUGCUCCGACUGCCGGGCCCAACAACACCUACGGUAAUUUCUAUCCCAACGGCUACGUCUCCCCGAGCAACCCUGGCCCUGCUGGUCCUCCUGGCCCUCCCACCUCUGGUCCCGGACAUUACGGCAUGCCUCCUCUCUUGGCCAUGGGCAUGCAGAACAUGAACCUCGGUGGCAACAAUAUGUACCCCGCCCAGAACUAUGCUGGUUAUGGCGCUCUCUACAACCCGCAGCAUCAGCCUCGCGACAGCCAGGCUCGAGUUAUCCAGCAUCGCCGCCAGAUGGAUAACGAGGCCAUGUCACGCUACAACGGCCUCGCGCUCGAGAACGUGGGCGGUCAGAUUUACGAUCUCUGCAAGGACCAGCACGGCUGCCGCUAUCUGCAAAAGAAACUCGAGGAGCGCAACCCAGAGCAGGUCCACAUGAUCUGGCUUGAGACCAACCAGCACGUCAUUGAGCUCAUGACCGACCCCUUUGGCAACUACCUCUGCCAGAAGCUCUUGGAGUACUGCAAUGACGACGAGCGCACCGUCCUGAUCCAGAAUGCCGCUGCCGACAUGGUCCGCAUUGCUCUCAACCAGCACGGCACUCGCGCCCUGCAGAAGAUGAUUGAAUUCGUCACCACCUCCACCCAGAUCGAGAUGAUCAUCAAUGCCCUGCGCUACCAGGUUGUCGAGCUUAUUCAGGACCUCAACGGCAACCACGUCAUUCAGAAGUGUCUUAACAAGCUCAGUGCCAAGGACGCGCAGUUCAUCUUCGAUGCUGUCGGUACCAACUGCGUUGACGUCGGUACUCACCGUCAUGGCUGCUGUGUCCUCCAGCGCUGCAUUGACCAUGCCUCUGGCGACCAGAAGGUCUGGCUCAUCUCUAAGAUCACCGAGCACGCCCCGAUUCUGGUUCAGGAUCCCUUUGGGAACUAUGUGGUCCAGUACAUCAUCGACCUCAACGAGCCUUCCUUCACUGAGCCUAUUGUCCGCAUGUUCAAGAACCGCAUCGGUCAGCUGUCUCGCCACAAGUUCAGCUCCAACGUCAUUGAGAAGUGCCUGCGCUGCUCCCAAGAGCCCUCUCGUGACAUGAUCGUCGAGGAGCUCCUUACUCCUGGUGAGAUUGAGCGCCUGCUCCGCGACUCUUACGCGAACUAUGUCAUUCAGACCGCCCUCGAGUAUGCGACUCCCCACAGCAAGUUCCGUCUUGUCGACGCCAUUCGGCCCAUCCUGCCGUCUAUUCGCUCCACCCCCUACGGACGUCGCAUUCAGGCCAAGAUUCAGGCUUUCGAGGGUCGCAGCAGUGCUACCUCCAGCGGCCAGACUACUCCUGCGGACGCCAGCCAGGGCCAGAUUGCCCUUCGUCCCAGUCACAACCGUGCCAUGUCCAACACCACCUCUGUCAUUGCUCCUGGCGGAGGCUUCGGUAACGGUCUGAACGGCGGUCUGAACGGCGGCAUGGCCCCUCGCGGCGCGCAGGCCAGCUACCCCACGCCCGCCAACAUUACUGUGCCUCCCCCGGCUCCUCCUCAGAAUCAGCGCAUGCAGCAGUACGGCUACAACCAGCAGCCGCGUACCAUGGGAAACGGUCCUGCUGACGCUGGCGCCGGCGGCGAGACCCAGUGGCUGUAA